AUGGCGUCUCUCCUAUUGCCGUGCGGCACCUUCUUCCUCGUGGUCUUCUUCUUCUUCUUCUUCCUCGGCAAAACCGGCACCGUGAGGAUCCUAGGGCAGGGGGGCGGCGCCGCCGCCGGUGGCGACGGCUGCAAGGGCCUGGGGGACGCCGACCAUGGCGGCCGUGGGUACGUCAACUACCUGCGGUUCUUCUACUGCCUCUGCGGGGGGGCUCCAUGGCUGGGGUAUCCCCUUCUGGGGCUAUGGCUGCUGGUCCUCUUCUUCCUCCUCGGCACCACCGCCGGCGACUACUUCUGCCCUUCCCUGGAGGAGCUCUCGAGCUUGCUACGGUUGCCCCCCGCCGUCGCCGGCGCCACCCUGCUCGCGCUCGGCAACGGCGCCCCCGACUUCUUCGCCAGCGUCGUCUCCUUCGCCGCCGGUGGCCGCGCCGCCGACGAGGUCGGCCUGAGUAGCGUCCUCGGCGGCGCCUUCUUCGUCUCCACCGUCGUCGUCGGCGUCAUAAGUGUCGCCGUCGGCGGCGGCGCCGUGACCGUGGCCGUUGACAGGUUCUGCUUCCUGCGUGACCUCUGCUUCCUCGCCGCCGCCCUCUGCUCCCUCACCGCCGUCCUCGCCAUCGGAAGGAUCAACCUGUGGGGGGCCAUCUUCUUCCUCUCCCUCUACUUCGUCUACGUCCUCGCCAUCUCCACCACAGCCUGCUGCAGGAGAUCCCCCCUCGAGGGUCUGUCGGCGUCGCUCCUCGCCGGUGAGGAGGAGAAGGAGGAUCUCGAAGGAGGAGCAAGAGAAGAACCCAAAUCGCCCCGACGGCGAGGUUGGUGGCGCAGCCUCCUGGCGGCGCCACUCCACCUCCCGAGGAGGCUCACCAUACCUGUGGUUUCGGAGGAGAGGUGGUCGAAGCCCUUCGCGGUGGCCUCCGCCGCUCUAUCCCCGCCGUUCCUGGCGGCGCUGUGGACCCCUCGGAGCACGGAGCUCCUCCUCGCCGGCGGCCUGCUGGGUCUCAUCCUCGGCGGUGCCGCCGUGGCCACCACAGAGAGAUCCCUUCCGCCGAAGGGGCUGCUGCAGCUGCCAUGGUUGGCAGUGGGGUUCCUGAUGAGCAUCGUCUGGGCGUACCUCGCCGCCGGCGAGCUGGUAGCGCUUCUGGUUUCCUUGGGCCGUAUCCUCGGGAUAAACCCAUCUGUCCUCGGCCUUACCGUCCUAGCCUGGGGGAACUCCCUCGGCGACCUCACAGCCAACGUCGCCAUGGCCGUCUACGGCGGGGCCCCCGGUGCGCAGGUGGCCUUCUCCGGCUGCUAUGCCGGCCCCAUCUUCAACACCCUGGUAGGUCUGGGGAUCUCCCUCCUCUUCUCCGCCUGGUGGAGCCAUCCCUCCUCCUUCCCAGUGCCAGCAGAAAAUUCGUCCUACCAGUUGCUGGGUUUCAUGGCGGCGGGCCUGCUCUGGGCCGCCGUCAUCCUCACGCGGAGGGAGAUGAAGGUGGACCGGGUUCUGGGGCUCGGCCUGCUCACCAUCUACUGUUCCUUUCUCUCCGUUAGGGUUUCAGACAGCCUCGGCUGGCUGUGA